CGCAUGCGCAGUCCCACACCCGGAAACAUGCUGAUAGAUGUGAAUGUGAUAUUAUAUAUGGGUUGCCCGGUACGCAAUGUCAUUGCUUCUUAUUUUAAAUGCUGACCGCUUGACAGUUUGCCUGUAUACAUUGUAUGCACAAUGCUGAAAUAUUUAGUAGCUCUCAUAUCAGUGGUCCUUGCCGUAUGGACGGUGCCCGAGUGGCUCACGUUCCCGAUCUAUGGCAAUGUUGUAAAUGUCCUAGAGCCGUGGCUGCGGCAGCAGGUCAGUGAGGCGUCAACAUCUCCACCAGGACGCAUGCUGACCGAAGAUGAGCUAUCUUUAUACAGCGGAGGAGAGAACAGUAAAGGGCUGUACCUGGCGAUCUUAGGACAGGUGUUUGACGUUGAAAAGGGGAGGAAACAUUACGGCCCUGGCGGCGGUUACCAUUUCUUUACGGGAAAAGACGCGUCAAGAGCGUUUAUUACUGGUGACUUCACAGAGUCUGGCUUGUCGAGCGAUGUCUCGGAUUUCUCGGACUCCCAGAUUGUGGCUCUUUAUGACUGGCUGUCAUUUUAUCAGAGGGACUACACUCCAGUAGGUUGGUAUCACACGAUGAUGUCACUCAUGUUUAAGGGUAAACUGAUAGGCCGAUUCUACACAGAAACCGGUCAGCCCACUGACGCUUUGCUACAUGUUGAGGCUUUCUUGUCAGAGGGGUUGAAGAAAAAGGCUCAGGCUCAGAGUGAGAUGCAGCUGUACCCAGCCUGUAACUCGGAGUGGAGCGAAGCCAGCGGGGGACGGGUAUGGUGCUCCACAAUGAGCGGUGGCAUUCACAGAGACUGGGUUGGAGUACCCAGAAUGCUUUUCUCCCCUGGGUCUGGUCAUUCCCGAUGUGUGUGCAUCCGACCGUCCGAUCCUGUUCACUCAGAGAACCGAAACCUCAGAGAGUACAAGGACUGUCCUCCCCAAGCAGAGUCCUGCCAAAUCGUUAAAGACUGAGCUACAAGUCUUCGCCACACUACAAGAAUCAUUUUCUUCCAUAUGACAAGAUUUUUAAUUGAGUUGAGUUUUCUUAAUGUUAUUAUGUUUGGUUUAUUAAAGCAGGCACAUGCCAUGUGUGACCAAUGCUGCUCUUACUGUAUGCAUUUAUAUAGUUCUGUUUCUGAUUUAGUUUUUACUUCUAAUUCCUUUGCAAUUUGUGACCAAGUGUUUUAUUUAUGUCAUAGAAUCAAGACUGUUAAAUAAAAGACAAUAGAUUUUU